UAUCUCUAAAUAAAUACAAAAUCUCUCUCAUUCUCUAAUCUCUAUGUACCGUCAUUAUUGAAUUUCCACCAGAUUGCAUAAACUAUUCUAAUCUUCCAUAUUUUUUAAUGUAUUUUUUCCCAUGUUUUUUUAGAUCUUCGUUAAUUCAUACUUGAAUCAUUUACACACCUUCUCAUCAAAUUCCGACGUGAUUCAGUAGUAUACCUCUACUGCUUAUGAAUUGACCUGGACUCGUGGAGGACUUGAUGGGUGGUGUAUUCAGCCUGAAGAGUUCUGGUGAUUCUAAUACUCAGCACAAUGAGAGUUCAACCGAUAGAACUUGGAAGAGGCAAAAGGUAGCAAGGUGCUUCGAGCAGAACACAAGACUAAUUCCCUGUCUUCCCAAUGAAUUAACACUCCAAAUACUUGCCAGAGUACCUAGAGUUCACUAUUUACAACUAAAGUUGGUUUCUCGGAGUUGGAAAGAUGCAUUAUCUAUGUCUGAAAUAUAUGAUUUAAGGAAAGAAUUAAAGAUUACCGAAGAGUGUCUUUUCAUUCUUUCUCGUAUUGAAGAAAAGUUGAUAUGGUAUGCAUUGGAUCCUGUUUCUCAGAUAUGGCAAAAGUUACCACCAAUGCCUCGUGACACGACACAAGAUGGAUCUCGUAGAGGCUUGGCAAUUCUUCAAAUGUGGAACUCUUUGGGAUCAAGGAUGAAAAUAGCAGAAGCCUUACGAGGGUGGCUAGGAGGAGGUGAUCCUCUGGAUAAACUUCAAUUUUGUGGCUGUUCAAUUGGGGCUGUGAAUGGUUGCCUAUAUGUAAUUGGGGGAUUGUCACGGACCUCAGCUUUAAGGUGUGUCUGGCGUUAUGAUCCUAUUUUAAAUGUCUGGAAUGAAGUGAGCCCCAUGUUAACUGCUAGAGCUUAUAGUAAGACAGGAGUCAUAAAUAACAAACUGUACGUUGUUGGAGGGGUUAAUAAGCACAGAGGUAGUUUAACUCCCUUGCAGUCUGCUGAAGUGUUUGAUCCUGAGACAGAUCAAUGGUCUGAGGUUCCUAGCAUGCCAUUCUCUAAAGCUCAGGCCAUGCCUACUGCUUUUUUAGCUGAUCUUCUUAAACCAAUAGCAACAGGAUUGACGACAUACAAGGGUAAGCUUUAUGUUCCUCAAAGCUUAUAUUGUUGGCCUUUCUUUGUUGAUGCUGGUGGAGAGAUAUAUGACCCUGAUACAAAUUCUUGGAUUGAAAUGCCGGUGGGUAUGGGUGAGGGUUGGCCGGCUAAACAAGCAGGGACCAAAUUGAGUGUUGUAGUUGAUGAUGAGUUAUAUGCUCUAGAUUUAACGGGUUCUUUGGAUAUUGCUAACAUUAAAAUAUAUGACCAACAAGAUGAUUCUUGGAAAGUAGUUUGUGGAGAAGUUCCGAUGCCUCAUAAUCCAAAUGAUGCUGAAUCUCCUUACCUACUUGCUGGUUUCUGCGGAAAGCUUCACGUGAUCAUCAAAGAUUCCAAUUCCGAAAUUGCAGUUUUAGAAGCUGCUAAAAAACCCGUGGCACAACCUUUGCAGUCAAAACGAUUGUCUAGCAGAAGCUAUUUGACCGAAAGUUUGGUUGCAUCCCCUUCAUCAGAAGUCACCUGGAAAGUUAUUACGUCAAAGAGAGUUGGGCCUGCUGACUUGAUUAGCUGUCAAAUUCACAGGAUUUGAUUUGAAUUCUAAAAAUGUUGCUUGAAGAUGAACUCGACUAUACAGCUAAUAUGCUUGGCUUUCUAGUGCUUGCUUUUGAUAAAUGAGUUUGAUGCAUCUUUUUGCACGGGUGAGAAUCGGAGCUCCCAUCUGAAUUGCUCUUACUGCGACUGGUAAUGGUUUAUAUUUAUGGUACGUGUUUCUGUUUGUAGUAAACAGACUGCUAUAUAUUAUCUGUAUAUGUAUUUAUGGCAGUUUCUUGUUCAUAUAUAAUGAACAAAUACAGUGGCACCAUAUAAACAAGUGGAAGUGCCUUAGAUCCAGAUUUCACUUCCAGGUUUCAGCUACACGUAUACGCAAUGCUGUAUAUUACAACCAAUAUAUAUACUUAUUUCAAGCUUCUUCAUAUUUUCACAAAA